GUUUUUAUUCACAAUCCUCAUGGACGUGGACAGCACACGAAUGCAAACCGCUUAGCGCUAAGUAACCAGGAUGCUGAUAUUUCUUUGCUGAACAUCAAUGAAGCUGUCAGUUGUUUGACUGCAGGGAUGUUGAACCCUGAUCUUGGCUGUGAUUCCCUCCUAGUGGGCACACGGACCAGUUUGUUGGCAUACGACGUACACAACAAUGCUGAUUUGUUUUAUGCUGGGGUUCCCGAUGGAGCAAACUCUAUAGCCGUAGGAACGUUGGGAGACAUUUCCUGCCCCUUAGCAAUUAUUGGCGGAAACUGUUCCCUGCAGGGCUUUAAUUAUGAAGGAAAAGAUCUGUUCUGGACGGUCACAGGUGACAAUGUUCGCGCUCUCGCCUUCUGUGACUUUGACGGUGACGGGAAAAAAGAGCUUAUUGUUGGAUCUGAGGACUUUGAUAUUAGGGUUUUUAAAGAAGAUGAGAUUGUGGCGGAAAUGUCUGAGACUGAGAUCGUCACGGCCCUAACCGCGAUGAGCCCCGCUCGCUUCGGCUAUGCGCUGGCUAAUGGCACGGUGGGCAUUUACAACCAGGCCGCGCGCUACUGGAGAAUUAAAUCUAAAAAUCAGGCGAUGUGCAUCAGUGCCUUUGACAUUAAUUCCGACGGCGUCUGCGAAUUGAUAACUGGCUGGUCCAGCGGGAAGAUCGACGCACGCAGCGAUCGAACCGGAGAAGUCAUUUUCAAGGACAACUUUGCUUCUUCCAUUGCGGGAAUUGUGCAGGGAGAUUACAGGAUGGAUGGGAGUACACAGCUGAUCUGCUGCUCAGUUGACGGUGAAGUGCGAGGAUACCUGCCAGGGGGUCAGGAGGUGAAAGGAAGACUGAUGGACACCAGCGUGGAGCAAGAUCUGAUUCGAGGGCUUAGUCAGAAGAAGCAAAACCUGAUCCUUGAGCUACGAAACUAUGAAGAAAAUUCAAAGGUGGAACUGAACACUCAGGUAAAUGAAAUGGAUGGCCAAAGGGGUGUGAUCCCGGCAAACACACAGCUCCAGACUGCGUUGUCCGUCAAUCUGGGAUCGGAAACUGAAUCCGCUCAUGUAGAACUCUGCAUAUCCACAUCCAAUGACACAAUUAUCCGAGCGGUGCUGAUCUUCGCUGAAGGCAUCUUUGAAAACGAGAGCCACGUGAUCCACCCCACUCUUCAGAAUCUCUCGAGCAACAUAAAAGUCCUGCUCUCUCCGCCGAAAGAUGUCCCGGUGGAGCUGAACAUCAAAGCCCUGGUGGGAUACAAGAAGAGCACGCAGUUCCAUGUUUUUGAACUGUCCCGACAACUCCCUCGCUUCUCGAUGUAUUCGCUCUGCAGCCCAGACUCUGCGACCAGA